AUGCGGUUUCGUCUUGCUGAAGGUCGUGCGCCUCUGUGCUUGUUCCGCAUCGCUGACUCCUCAGGCCAGGUACCCACUCUGGGGAUUUCGAUACCAGGCUGUGGCUUCCACGACAAGUUCGAUGUCAACGGGGUCAACGGGAUCAACGGAGUCAGCAUUAUCAGGGUUCACAGGUCUUACAAUGCGUACAAAGUGUACUACCGCUUCAGCGGACAUCAUUACAGGGUCAGCAACAACAACUCAUUCCUUCGAACAAUCAUCACCAUCAUCACCAUCAUCACCAUCAUCACCAAUACCAUCACCAUCAUCACCAUUACCAUCGCCCUCACCACCACGGUUGUAGAGUGUCUCAGGCACACAUUCUCAGCAGAAUUAUCGCCGCGGGUGGCCGCCGUGAUUAUAACGAGAGCUUUAGCAGCAAGCUUCCUCGGUACCACUCUGCUUCUCCCGCCCCACGCGCUCGCUGCUACUACGAGCAAAGCCGCCGCGAUCGCCGCCGCGCAGGCCGCAAGCAUUGGGAAGCUGAGUCGCAAGCUUGUGCACAUCACAACAGGCCUGCUCUUCAUGCUCUUCUGGCCGCUCUUCAGCACGGGCUUCAACGCUCGCUUCUUCGCGAGUGCAGUGCCUUUGAUCAACGCCACGCGCCUGCUGCUGCUGGGGCUGGGAGUGACGCGCAACGAGGGCAUGGUCAAGGCCAUGAGCCGUGAGGGCAGCUCCAGCGAGCUUCUGGGCGGUCCCCUUUACUACAUCCUCACGCUAGCCUUCGUUACAAUCACAUUCUGGCGCUCCUCCCCUGUUGGGGGCAUGGCACUGGCGCUCAUGUGCGGUGGCGAUGGCAUUGCUGACAUCGUGGGACGGAGAGUAGGUUCCGCAAAGCUCCCAUGGAACAACCAGAAGAGCUGGGCAGGGAGCAUUGCCAUGCUUGUGUUUGGCUACGGCCUCGCCCUUGGCACUAUUCAUCUCUUCACAGCAGCGGAAUUCUACUCCUCUGAUUGGCUGCUGCUGCCGAACCUGCCUCUCCGAGUCUUCCUGGUCAGCCUCGGAGCUACAGUGGUGGAGUCUCUGCCAAUCAGCAACAAGCUAGACGACAACCUCACUGUACCGCUAUCCACUGUUCUGUUCGGUCUGCUACUGCUGCAACAGUAG